CGAGAAAAUUUUUGAGAAAAACUGAUAGUGAUAUAUCUUUUUUAUUAAUAGUGACAUAUUUUUAAAUAGCUUGAAGUUAGAUUGAUUGAUCCAUUUAUACUAUUAUUACGUAUAUAGCUUUAAACGCGUCAAAGCAGAAACCAAAGCUCCGGGAAAUUAAUGCAAGUUUGAUGGCUCUUUCAGAAAAUUAAUGGCAACACUGGUAGUCUAUCUCUUUCCCUCCCGUAAAGUUGUCAAGAUGAGUACGAAGAUCAUCAAAGCGAGCGGUGCUGAGGCGGAUUCCUUCGAGACCUCGAUCUCGCAGGCGCUGGUCGAACUCGAAACCAACUCCGACCUCAAAGCCCAACUUCGGGAGCUUUACAUUACAAAAGCUAAAGAAAUUGAACUACACAAUAAGAAGUCGAUCAUCAUCUAUGUGCCGAUGCCUAAACUGAAGGCCUUUCAGAAGAUCCAGAUCAGGCUUGUCCGUGAGCUCGAAAAGAAGUUCAGUGGUAAACAUGUAGUCUUUGUUGGAGACCGUAAGAUCCUGCCUAAGCCCAGCCACAAAACUCGUGUUGCUAACAAACAAAAGAGGCCACGCUCAAGGACAUUGACCUCUGUGUACAAUGCUAUCCUCGAGGACUUGGUCUUCCCUGCUGAGAUCGUAGGCAAGCGCAUCAGGGUCAAGUUGGACGGCUCACAGCUCAUUAAGGUGCACUUAGACAAAAACCAACAGACUACUAUUGAACAUAAAGUGAGUAAUUUGAAUAAUUUACAAAUAGUAUUGAUUUUCACUAAACUUAUUUAUUUAUCAAAGAAGAUAAAUUAUGAUUAGAAUUUUUGUUAAACUGCAUAUCAAAAUCAAAAACUUACUGUGGGAUUAAGUAACUUAUAAGAAUGAUAGUUUUCAUGUCACAUGCUUCCUUUUAUUAGCUUUGAUAAAUGUAUGAAUGUGUGUUUGUCCACAAUGUUAUCAUUUUUAUUUCAUUAGAUUUGUAAGCUUUAAUAAUUUCUUGUCCAUGUAGUACUUAAAAGUGAAUAUAUUAAUUAAUGCCUAAAUAUUGUUUAUUUUUUUUCAGGUGGACACCUUCCAGUCUGUAUACAAGAAGCUAACGGGACGCGAAGUGACCUUCGAGUUCCCCGAACCUUAUUUGUAAACCUAGCCUAUGACUUUACAAUAAACAUAAAAAUCUAAA